CAAUACGUUAUAGUGGAGUCGGGAUAAUCUAUGAUGGAAGCAAAAGCGCGCUAAACUGUAAACGCUAUCAACGCAGAACUAUGGCAAAGGAGUAUGAUUAUCUGCUGAAGGUACUCUUGGUUGGUGACAGCGACGUGGGCAAACAGGAAAUACUUUCCGGCCUGGAUGACGGCUCCACGGAAAGCCCAUUCUGCAGCGGCAGUGGCACGGCGCAUAAAACGACCACAAUUCUGCUGGAUGGCAAGCGGGUGAAGCUGCAAAUCUGGGACACUUCUGGGCAGGGCCGGUUUUGUACCAUCAUCCGGUCAUACUCUCGCGGCGCCCAGGGCAUCAUCCUUGUCUACGACAUCACGAACAAGUGGAGCUUCGACGGGCUCAACCGCUGGCUUAAGGAGGUGGAGGAGCACGCCCCAGGUGUGCCGAAGGUGCUGGUCGGCAACAGGCUGCACUUGGCGUUCAAACGGCAGGUGGCGGCCAAACAGGCUGAACUGUACGCGUCUCGCAACAAGAUGGCCUGCUUCGAGAUAUCGCCGCUGUGCGAUUUUAACAUUCGCGAGUCGUUCUGCGAGCUCGCCCGCAUGGCCCUGCAUCGGAACGGGAUGGAACGCAUUUGGCGUUCGAACAAGGUACUAUCGUUGCAGGAACUGUGCUGUCGAAGCAUCUGCAGGCGAACGAAUGUAUAUACCAUUGAUAGCCUUCCGCUGCCACCGUCGGUGAAGUCGUAUCUGAGAUCGUACGCGCUGACCUCGUCCCAGUGCUUAAACACGGUGCUGAACAAUUCAGCCUCGAUAGCGAAGAAUCUCAAAAGCAAGACGACUACGUCGUACCACCUGAAGCAUAACGUUCGUAAUGGAUGCGUGAUUUCUUGAUUGUCAUCGUAAGGCGUGUGUUUCCUUACUGCCGCUGUCCUUGCGUGUAUCCGGCGUGGAUAUAAAGUGCGAUGAAGAAAAGCGACGAGUUAGAUAGGAUAGUCAGCUCACAAUAGAGCGAGAAAAGAUAGCAUUGAACGCUCAAACUGGCUACCAUCUAGUUAACUUUGUGCUAGGCUUUCUUGUAAUACUAAUUCGAUCCUCAGCAGUCGGUUUUUUUAACGUUAAUGUCGUACUCAAUAGCAUACUGCCUAUGUCGUCCGCGAUUACUAGAUUACUUAUCGGUUUUAAGUCCCAGCGGGUACGUU